CCCAAGCAAAGCAAGAGUCCUGGGAGGGCUGGGCUCAGCCCCAGUUGACCAAAGCCCCACAAAUUCCAUCUUCAGAAAGAAGCCAGGGGUCCUCGGGGUGGCAGCACGACCAAAAGCUCUGAUGUCUUCCUCCCCAGUUUGAGGGGGAGAUUGUGAUUCAGACAAGGAUGAUGAUCGACCCCAACGCCAAGACCCGUCGCGGGGGUGGCAAGCACCUGGCAAUUCGGCGUGGGGAGAUCCUGGAGGUGAUCGAGUUCACCAGCAAGGAGGAGAUGCUGUGCCGGGACACCAAGGGCAAGUAUGGCUACGUGCCCAGAACAGCUCUACUGCCCCUAGAAACAGAGGUGUAUGACGACGUCGGUUCCUGGGAUCCUCUGGAUAACCAACCAUUCCCCGGGGGACGAUAAGGCCUACAAGGGUGGGGACCCAGGACAACCCACCAAUCCAGCCACCUCUUAACCGAAGGAGCCCUGGAUCCCAGUUUGGCCGUCACAGAACU